AUGAAAGCUUCUGAUCUUGCUGGGAGUGGUUUUGAAAAGGGCAUUAGAGGAGGAAUGGAUUUGAGUGAUGAAGAAAAUUCAAUUCAGGGCAAUGAUGAAAUGACAACUGAUGAUGGUACACAGUACGGGUCAGAUUAUAAUGAAGAGGAUCAAUACUCAGAUUAUGACCAGCCUGAUAUGAAUGAGUCACCAUACAGUGAUUCAGAUUCCUCAAAUUUGUCAGACCAUUUCUAUGGUUAUGGAGAUGAGAUGAACAGUGAUGCUGAAGAAGAUGAUAACGCCGAUGUUGAGGACAUAAAUGUGUCAUUGCCUAAUGCUGUUCAAGGUAUGGUGAAGAUUGAUAACUUGCAAGAUAUACUUGGCAUUGAUCUAAAACAGUUGGUUCCCCUUGACUUGAUGAAUUAUGAGUUUCUGGAUAGUGAGGUGGCUUAUCUUUUCUACCACUGGUAUGGACGAGUAAAUGGGUUUGCCGUGAGGAAAAGCAGAAAGAUUCACAACAAGGAGGGAUUACUUAUACAGCGCAAUUUCGUUUGUCAUAAAGAAGGCUUGCGUGAAGACAGGGGUUUGACUAUGGAUAAGCGUCAGCGUGAACCAAGGUCAGAUUUCAGGUGUGGGUGCACGGCGAAAUUCCGGGUACAUGUGGAUACUUCAAAUGGUCGGUGGUAUGCAAAACUGUUUACCGAUGUGCAUAAUCAUGUGUUGGAAGAGGAUAAAAUGUGUGGCAUGAUAGCAGCCCACAGGAAAAUGAAUGAGUCAGAUAUUCUGCAUAUGAACAACAUGUCACGGGCUGGUGUAAGUACUCCUCAUAUCCACAGCACAUUUGCCAACCAAACUGGGGGAUUUCAAAAGGUUAGAUUUUCGAAAGAAAAUAUGUACAAUGUUCAAGGAAGACAGAGGAGAAAGAAGAAGAAGGAUGAGCCAUCGAAAAGUGAUGCGGAAUUUGCAAUAAGUUAUAUUAGUGGGAUGGGAAGCAAAGAUCCAUUACUGUAUUGUCGGCACAUUGCUAAUGAAGAUGGAAAUCUUGAUCGCCUUUUCUGGAGUGAUGGGAUAAGUCGCUAA